AAAAUGGCUUGACUCAAUUGACUCGAUUUCAUAUUACAGUACGUAUCGUAAUACGUACAAAUCCAUACGAAUUGCGCUUCUCAUCAUUUUUACUCGUCGUGUCAUGAUGUUGUCAACAAACCGUCAUCGAUCGAUCACGAAACGAUUCUCGUUCAGUGAGAAUUCGAAACUGCAACAUUUUCACAGUAUGUAUGACAAGAGCAUGUCAUAGUGAGGAGCAAUCAAUGAUCAUCAAUCACAGAUUUUGCCAAAGCGGAGUUAAGAAUUCAUCAGGAUCGCUUUUGAGAAUACAUUGAAUCUUAAAGAGCGCUCAUAAUAAAUCUAGACGCAAAAUGAUACGCAAACUCUGUACUUUGUACCUGGCGGUUGCUUGUUCAACCGUAACCGACCAAGCAUCGUCUUUCGUCACAACAACGUUGACGAAAAUGAAAACAAUGCGCAUAGUAGCAGAACGGCAAGGAAGCCAAAAACCAAUAAAGCAACAACCUAUUGGUUCUUCAAAUCUUCCCUUGCUUUUUGCUACGCCCUUGGACGAGGAAAAGGCAGGCAACAAGAAUAACACGGAGCAAUGGGAUCACGAAGAAUCACUUUUAGUGAUGAGUCUGAGUCCUCUGCCCGGUGUGUCAUGCGAGGAUAGUUUCUCGAGGRUAUCGCAAUACAUCCAAGGAUUCCCUAUUGCUGCUGUGCUGCCUGUUCAGCCACUUCAAGCACUUCCKACCGGCGAUGGAGGCCUGGAAAUCAAGUUCUUGCGCAGAACAAAGAAGAUCGGCAGCGUCGUAGACGGAGGAAUGAGAUUUUUUGUACGUAGACAAAAUGGAAGRAAAAAAAMCGAUCGAAUCGAGAUCGUCAUUAAAAGAAUCUCAGAGGGCCAGUCGGCUCCAAAUCUGUUCGCAGAGAAAGYCAUCGCCCAGACCUUUACCGAGGGCAUUGCAAUGGGUGGAGAUUAUUGUGAUGACAAUGGCAAGAGAAAGAAUUCUUUGRUUAGGGUUCCCAAAACCAGAAUCGCAUCCCCCACCAAAGACAAGGCUAAAAUUCAAAGCGUUUUCCACAAGUGGGUCGGGAUAUAAAUAAGCAGAAAWGUGAACRACGAAUGUACGCCCGCUCUGCAUUGAAGGUUGCCUUCCACCUUCAACCUAUUAGGUACAUUCAUGACCUUAAGCACUGACACCAAAGACCUUUCUCAGCAACGAGCUGUACUUGCUGGGUUUCGACCAUGAGUUCCCGCCCUUUGGAUCAAUGCGUCCCGAGCAUUAAAAAAUUAGAUCUUUAUCUAACAGUAUGGAGUAGUGUGAAAGUAGUAGGAUUGAAAYAUUAACCAGUGGUUUGUCUAUAGCGAUCAGCAAAAUCCUGUUCACCUGAAAUCGGGGGAGGAGCUAUCAAUCAGUCAAUAGAAAUCGAAAAUUGAAAAAAUAAUGCGGAAUGAUCCAUGUUUUUUCCGCAGCGUUUCAAAUUGCAGUAAUUCUUCAUUAAAAAAAAAUUUGUUUG